AUGAAGCUUUUCCACAAGAGUUGCGAGUUUACAACCUUUCUACUUGCAUAUUCUGGAAGCCAACUCAUAAAGCCUUAUCAAAAUCCAAAUAACAAACAUUGGCACAUAAUUUUGACUUUGAAAAAAGUUGUACUAUGGCUAGCAUUUGUCAAUCUUAUAAAUUUUAGAUGGCUAACAGUUAAGUUGCAAUUUGGAGAUGUUGACAUUGUUCAAAUAUUAGCACCAAAGGAGGACAGGACGGAUCCAUUACAAAACUCAUUGCACAUAAAUUCACCAAAAAACGACACAUCUGUAAUUGACUCUACUUUGCAAGAGAUUCUCACAGAUAUAUACCAAAGAAAUGAAAAGGCUCACUUCCAACAAAAAGACGAGACAGGCAUAACUGUAAAGCCGAUUGUUGAACUUUUCACGGGAAAGAUAUCCCUCAGUUUGGAAGAAGUUUUCCAUUAUGAAAGCACCAAAAGACUCAAAAACAACACAUUCGAAAGACACGUCACACCUGCUAGAGUAUCUACUAAUACCAUUUCACAGAAUUUGCCAAACAGAUUCCCUUGGGGUUAUUCUAAAGAUAACAAAGAAAUUACACAAAACUUUUUAAGUAUAGUCUAUGCAAAGUUGUACCCACAAACAGUUAACGCUCAAUAUGCUUUGGAGCAGAUAACACGCUCCUACCUGUACUUAGUUGCAGCGAGAUUUGGGAUAUUUUUCCUUUCCUUGCUAACUGUGAUACUUACUGCUGGAAUUUUCUGCUUUCCAAAGCUGCCUAUGUGGCAUUAUAUAGUUCUUGGGUCUUUAUUCACUGUGAAUUUAAUCAAUUUGGCACUUAGUGUAGUGAUCAUCAUUACGAGAGAGCAGCUAAUGAAAGUUAUUGAUUACCAAUCGUUUUUGCUUCUGCUCGAAGUAAUGUCCAUUUUGGGAUUCAAUAUUGUUUUUUAUGUCUUGCAUAUAGUGUUGUUACAAAACAGGGUGACUUCCAUUUCAGAGCUGUCUUCUGUGUAUUCAGAGGGCGAAGUGGAAAAUCUGGGCCAUUCCAACAAAAAUGACGUUUCUUCUUCACUUCAUGACCUUAAUGAGCUCAACACCACUAAGAAAUUAAUCCUCGAUGAAAAGGAUAUAUCUCCUACCACUCCCAUUAUCGACUACGUUUUGAACAGAGAGGAGAGGAGAUGCGUUACUGAACCCAUCGUGGACAUUAGUGAAAAACCUUUCAUGAACGGUAAAUGA